AUGGCACAUGUUUCUCAGUCACUGGAAGAGUUCUACCCUAUAUUCUCCGUUAUGGAGGAGCUAGGACUGUCGCUACACGUGCACGGCGAGCAGCCGGGAAGCAGCCCUCUGUCUGCCGAGGCAGAGUUCAUCCCCCAUAUCGAGCAUGUGGCCCGUUCCUUCCCCAGGCUGAAGGUUGUGGCUGAGCAUGUGUCCACCAAGGCGAGCCUUGAUGCUGUGUCCCGCAUACCCAACCUCGCCGCCAGCGUGACGCCGCACCAUCUGUUCCUGACGACGGACGACGUGUUAUCCGGCCUGGACGGCGUGACGCUGGAUAACAUCGCAUCGCACAUAAAAAAUCCGCACCUCUACUGCAAACCGCUGGCCAAAAGCGCCGACGAUAGAGACGCCCUUCUGCAGGCGAUAAAGUCUAGGAGCUCCAAGGUAUUCCUAGGAUCGGACUCCGCGCCGCAUCCUCUCGCUGCGAAAUCGUCCGCGAACCCGCCCGCAGGCAUUUUCACGCAGCCCUUCCUCAUGAACUACGUCGCCACAAUCUUCAAGCAACUAGACCGCCUGGAUUUUCUUGAGGACUUCGCGUGCCGCAAUGGCGCGACCUUCCUAGGAUUGCCACCGAAGGAACUGAACUUCUUUGAAAUCGACGAUGAGACCUUUGCAGUACCUCCGACCGUGGACGACAUUUUGGUCCCCUUCCUGUCGGGCCACCAAUUGCUAAAGAUAAUAUCCUAA